AUGUCCGCCAAAUACAUCAUCUCCAGAGGCCUCGACCCCAUAUUCGCCGUCAGCUGCGGCGUCAUCGCAGCAGGUGUUCGCAUCAAUCGCGAGGAGAAGGAGAAGGGUAGGACGACUGAGGAGACUAUUGAGGCGUUCAAGAGAAGGUGGGCAUUGGCCUUUGAGAAGGGUGGGGAUGUGAAGGGGGUUGGGAAACAGGCGGGUUGA